GGAAUUGGUCUCAAAACUUCACAAAGACAAGAAUCUGAUUUCGAAGUUACAAUAUGUCUCAAGUUAAUGUUUGUGAGGUUUGCGGCGACCCCAGCAGCGAAGAAAUGUUAAUACGUUGUGACUCUUGUAAGAAUUCGAUUAUUCACCGCUAUUGCAUGGUAAAAGAGUCGAGUCCUUGUAUCGAAUGUGUAACUUGGAUCUGUGAGGACUGUGAUGGGAGUGACAACGACCCUGAUGAGAGUGACAACGAGUCUGAUGAGAAUGAAAGCGAGUCUGAUCGUAGUGAAGUUGAUCAUACUUCAUGUGACGAAUAUGAGAUUGGUGACAUCGACUCUGAUAGCAGUGAAAUUGAAUAUAUUCCAAAUACAAGAUAUCUAUGGUAUAAGAGUUACAGAAUAAGAAGAAAGAAAGAAUAACAUCAACCUUAGCUGUUGAGGACCAUAUUGAAACCAUUAACAUGUCUUCUUUAUGAGUUAAAGAAAUGUUAAAAGUGAUCUAAGAGACUUGUGUUCAUGUUAUUGGAUAUAACUUUUGUUUGCUUUU